AUGUCAGAGAUCAUGUCAGCUUUUACGGUGGCCUCUAAGGGCAUCGCGGUGGCUGCUGCGGCGCUGGCGCAACUUAGGUGGCACGCAACAGUUGUUGGUUAUAGCAGAGUGCCUGAAGGAAAACUGCUAAUGGUUCGUGGUGGCUGGCACGAUGGUUUGGCUGCAGGGGUUUCGAUGGUAUGCCACAGUUUGAAUUGGGUUCGCAGCUCCGGUGAAGGGAGGCGACCCGCGAUGAAGAUGGCUGCACCGCAAGGAUCUAGAGUUGUGCGGUGGGUGAGGUGCGGGUUAACCUGGAAAUGA